AUGGCAGUGUUGAAGGAGGAGUUGUGCACACGUCAGGACCGAGGGAGGCGAGGACAGGCGCGUAUCUGCUGCUGGUGGCGUGAAUGUAGCGCCCCUGGGGACCGCCACAGCGCCCCUGGGGACCGCCACAGCGCCCCUGGGGACCACCACAGCGCCCCUGGGGACCGCCACAGCGCCCCUGGGGACCGCCACAGCGCCCCUGGGGACCGCCACAGCGCCCCUGGGGACCGCCACAGCGCCCCUGGGGACCGCCACAGCGCCCCUGGGGACCGCCACAGCGCCCCUGGGGACCGCCACAGCGCCCCUGGGGACCGCCACAGCGCCCCUGGGGGCCGGCACAGCGCCCCUGGGGACCGCCACAGCGCCCCUGGGGGCCGCCACAGCGCCCCUGGGGACCGCCACAGCGCCCCUGGGGACCGCCACCAUUACCGGGUCGUGGGCAUGAACAAUCCGGAGACAUUAGCUGUGUUUUGA